AUGGAAGCCGCCGAUCAUUAUCCGCUGCGCACAGCAUUCCAAGAUACCACAGUCCUGGAAGGACAGCCAUCUGUCCAGGACCUCUCAUUGUCCAUGCUCCUGGAAGGAAGUAAUGUCUGGUUGAAGAUUAGGAGUGAUGACUUCUGCGUCACUUAUAUCAACGGUCAUAGGAGCGAGCUAGAGGAGAAGUCUUUCAAAAUGGAGAAUGAAGCGGUCUGGGUGUCAGAUUGUACCUCCUCCCUCGUGGAACCAGCCAGUGUCUGUGAACCCGGUGAAACUAGCCCUAGCGUGGUAAACUGCCCUAGGGCGUUUACCCCAAAUCCCACGGGUUUUUUUUGUCAACAAUCAGAUAGGGUUUCUAAGGACCAUGUUGGUCGCCGAGAGAUCGGAUUAUCCUUUGGUUUGUUUCGCCGCUCGCAGGCCGCCAUCAGGCGCGCGGCCAUCAAUUGGUAUUAUUAUUGUAUACUUUGUACUUUCUCUUCCUCUCUUGGCAGCGGUUCAACGGCUAGUGAACUAUGCCGUAGAUUCUUGAUUGCUAAGCAAGAUAACGUGUCCCUCCGCAUGCUUGAAGAGGUUCAACUACGUGAUCUCGACCCGGGAAAAGCAGGCCUCGGUGGAAACCUUGGAACGGUGGAAACAGCGUAA